GGAGUACCACAGCCCAGAUAGAUAGCUUGGCUGGGCAUACAUCACAUGCAUGCGUUGCACUCACAGAUUUGGUUCAUUGAUUGUUCGAUUAGGCCACCACCAUGCGGCGGCGAUCGGAUAUAUCCUCCUAGCUAGCUCACCCUCUCUGCCAGACACAUGCAGCAGCAGCUGGUCAGACUAGCCAGCACACUUAAUGGCGCCGCAGCUGCAUCCUGAUCGCUGCCGCACCUGGCCACGGGCGCCGCUCGGCUCAGUGCUUCUAGCGCUAGCUAUAGUGAGCCUGGGCGGCGGUGAUGCCCUGAGCCUGGACCACUACCGGCAGAGCUGCCCGAGGGCGGAGGCGGCCGUGGCGGCGGCGGUCCGGCAGGCCGUGGCCAAGGACCGCACCGUGCCGGCCGGCCUGCUCCGCCUGCAUUUCCACGACUGCUUCGUCCGGGGCUGCGACGCCUCCGUCCUCAUCGACUCCACGGCCGGCAACACCGCGGAGAAGGACGGCCCGCCCAACGCCUCGCUGCACGCCUUCUUCGUCGUCGACAACGCCAAGCAGGCCGUGGAAGCCAUGUGCCCGGGCGUCGUCUCCUGCGCCGACAUCCUCGCGCUCGCCGCCAGGGACGCCGUCGCGCUCUCCGGCGGCCCGUCCUGGUUGCCGCUGCUGGGGCGCGGGGACGGGCGGGUGUCGCUGGCCAGCGACACCACCUCUUUGCUGCCGGGGCCCGGGGCCAGCUUCGACCAGCUCAGGCAGGCGUUCCACGCGCUGGGGAUGUCGGUCAAGGACCUGGUGGUGCUCUCCGGCGGCCACACGCUGGGGUUCGCGCACUGCUCCUCCUUCCAGGGCCGCAUCCACGGCUUCCGGCCCGGCGCCGACGUGGACCCGGCGCUGAACCCGUCCUUCGCGGCCGCGCUGCGCAGGGCGUGCCCGGCCAACAACACGGCCCGGGGCGCCGGGUCGGGGAUGGACUCCACGUCCGCCACCUUCGACAACGCCUACUACCGGAUGCUGCAGAGCGGCCGCGGGCUGCUGUCCUCCGACGAGGUGCUGCUGACGCACCCCAAGACGCGGCGGUUCGUGGCGCUGUACGCGGCGCGGCAGGACGCCUUCUUCAGGGCGUUCGUGAGCUCCAUGCUGAGGAUGAGCGCGCUCAACCAGCCCGGCGAGGUCCGAGCAAACUGCCGGCGACACAACUGAAGCAAGCAGUGGAUCCCCUCCUCCUCCCUCCUCUGUCUCUGCCACAUAACUGUAUUUCGUUCUGAUUAAUUCCGGUACGUAGUAACUGUGUGUAACUGUGGCCGGCAAUCUACAGACAUUCUAGUUGAAAAAGGGCCUACAAGGGAAUAUCUUGUUUCCUUCAAAUAAUACUUCUAGACAUUUUUCACAA